AGGAAAUUAUUGAAUUUCCACAACUUUUUGCAGAUAUAUCAAUUGAAUUUCCUCACCGUCUCUCUCUCUCUCUCAUUUCCUGUGAAACUCAAGUUCACGAAAGAGGAUCCUGAGCAACGUAACAGACAGAAGAAUGGCUGGUGAUCUUUUCCACGAUUUGCCGCCUCCAAGUGCGCCACAAUCUCAACAAAUCGCACAUCCUCCAAUUAACGGUGGUCUAAAAUCUAAUCCCAAACCCCCGCCGCCGCCGGCUCCUCCUGCUCCGGUGCUAAAGAGCGCCCUCAAACGGCCUAAGCCACAGCCCGAGUCACAGCCUGAAGAAAGUUCAGCUGCUCCUGGUAAACGUUUGAGGUUUAAGACGACAACAGAUGCCUCGGAAAAACAAGUAAUUGAAGCUAUGCAGAAGAUAGCUUCGCACAUAAAGAAUCCUUCAAAGUUCAAUAAGGCAUCGAAGCUUGCUAUACAGUUGAUCCAGGCUGGUAGUAUCAAGGAAGCUACCAGUGAGUAUUUCUUUGUGGUACUCGAAGCAGCGAUGACCCCCUUAACUAGUUGCAACGAGCCCUCUUUACGUGCUGAUUAUCAUGCAUUAUUCUCAGCUGCUCAGGAUGUAGCUGAAUGCCUUAACAAGAAGCAACAAAAUCUAUUGGCUGCAUGGACAAUCCGGGCUGUUUGGGCAAAUGACCUGUUCACUGAUGACAGUUUUGUGUUCUCAAAGGCAACUGGGAGAAUAAAAGAAGCCAUAUCCGCUCUUCCAGUUGCGACUAAAGAAGAUGAUAUGGAAGAAGCUGCUGCCUUCAAAGAUGAAACUGAGGAGGCAAAUGCAGAUGCACAGCUAAAAAAGGAAGGUAAUGAGGAAGAGCCCGAUCCAUUCGGGUUGGAUGCCCUCAUAUCAAAUGCACCUGCCAAAGAAGAAAAAUCGAAUGGGAAAAAGGAGUCAUCGUCCCAUAGUAGAAAAGAAGAUGACGAGAAGGGGAGAUUCCUCAAAUUGCAGAGACAAGCAUUACUUCUGUGUUUAGAGAGUGCUGCAAAGAGAUACAAGACACCAUGGUGCCAAACAGCCAUCGACAUCUUGGCAAAGCAUGCGUUUGAUAAUAUUUCAAGAUUCACCACCCGGCAGAGGGAUGCGAUUGAGAAGCUCUGGGGUUCGAUCAAGGAACUUCAGAUGCGUAGGAAGCAAGGGAAGUCCGUAUCUGGGAAACUGGAUGUGAAUGCUUUCGAGUGGCUACAGCAAAAAUACGCAGGCGAGAAGAUCAGCAUCCGCCGCUCUGUCGGAGGCAGUGGAGACCGGAAAUGUCAGCAGUGGCUUGGUUGAUGCCAUUGUCACUUCCCAAUCUGCCUCCAAAAUCGGCAAGAAGUAGUUGAGUUUGAUAGAUUGUGUACUCAUGAAUGUUAACUGGAUUUAUCAGAAUUCAGAAUGCCUCAAGUUGUAUGAACUUAUUGGAAAUUAUUUUCUCACCUUUUUAGUUUUUAAUCUUGGAAAGGAUGGGAAGAUUAUGGUGUAAUAUACAACGUUAUCGUUCUUCAGUAGAAAUUGUUAUAAUGAUCA